AUGUUGUGCUCUUCCAGGCCAGUGAUCAUCCUCCUAUGGCUUACCCUCUUCCUCCUGGGACCAUGGCACCAACUCUGCGCUGGCCAAUCAGUUUCCUUUGUGAACAACCCAGAGAAAACCAUCUUCGAGGCCCAAGCUCCUGAGGAACCCCCGAACAGCCUGGACAAAGUUCCCGGAAAUAAUCCAGCAUACUUCUGCAAGUCUAGCUCGCCCUUUCAAGUUCACGAGUUCAUCCUGCUUCCUAAUCCACCAAAGCCGUCGCUCCAACAUUUUGCCUACCUAACCGGCUGGGCCCCGCACAUUCGCGAUCUCGAACUUAUCAGGCUGUCUUUCACAAUCUGGUCCGGCCACUUCAAGCGCUAUGGCCCGUAUGAAUAUCGCUUAAGCGAGGUCCCGUGGAUCCGUAUCCGACAGAAUUUCUUGCUCCGAGAGUACAUGGCGCCGGGCUGGGCCGAGUUGCUUGCCGAAAAUAUGCUAGCAGGAAAAAACGUCGAAGACGGAUCGUAUCGGGUUCAUGCAGAAUUGCUGUUGCCAAAUCGGACCUCUUUAUUGUGCAUGGUUGCCGACGUGGUCAUCAGGGAUGGGACCAUGGAGUUUUGA